UCAACAGGGCUGAGGAUGGCUGCGCCUGGCUACUUCCCGCUGCUGGUAGAGGGAUCCUGGGGUCCCGAUCCCCCGAAGAGCUUGAUCACCAAGUUGCAGUUGUACUUCCAGAGCCAGAAGAGAUCCGGAGGCGGGGAGUGUGAGGUCCGACAGGAGCCCGGCAGCCCGGCCCGCUUCCUAGUGCUCUUCCACCCGCUUGACGUGCGGCAGAACGUUCUGGAGAGAGAGAACCAUGAGUUGGCAUUGCCAGGAAAAGGAACAUUUAAGUUAACGGUCAAGUUGCCUCCAGCCCCAAAUGAAGUCCAUGAUGCCUCUAAGGAGAAAAUUCCAGCAAAGGAAUCCAAGGCCAAAGAACAUGCCAGAGAACCAGGUAAGGUCUCAAUUGAGAUGACUGGCCUUCACGAGGCAGUUUUGCUUUGAUUAAAGAUGGCACUU